GUCGCUCCUCCCUGGCCAGGCCCGAGCCGAAACUCGCCGAGCUGCUGACGAGCUGCUGAAGGCUCGUCGCUGGUCUGUAGGGGCGGAAGUGAAGAUGUCCGGAGAGGGAGGCGGCGACGGAAGUGGCUGCGCUACUGGCCCUCGGUGCGCGUGCGCCGUCCUGCUACCUCGCUGCAGUUCUUCGGCGAUUAUUUCUCCCGCUUUCUCCGCGCCGGGCUCGGAGCCUGGCGCUGCUGCUGCUCCUUUUGCGGCCCCUUCACUAUGGCGGGCAUCCUGUUUGAGGAUAUCUUCGAUGUGAAGGACAUUGACCCAGAAGGCAAGAAGUUCGACCGAGUGUCUCGACUGCAUUGUGAGAGUGAAUCUUUCAAGAUGGACCUCAUCUUAGAUGUAAACAUUCAGAUUUACCCUGUAGACUUGGGUGACAAAUUCCGAUUGGUUAUAGCAAGUACUUUGUAUGAAGAUGGUACCCUUGAUGAUGGUGAAUACAACCCCACAGAUGACAGGCCUUCCAGGGCUGACCAGUUUGAGUAUGUAAUGUAUGGGAAAGUAUACAAGAUUGAGGGGGAUGAAACGUCUACAGAAGCAGCAACACGCCUCUCUGCCUAUGUGUCCUACGGUGGCCUGCUCAUGAGGCUGCAGGGUGAUGCCAACAACCUGCACGGCUUUGAGGUGGAUUCCAGAGUUUAUCUGCUGAUGAAGAAACUGGCCUUCUGAACCUCUCAGGAAACUGGCUUUGCUGCUGAGUUGCUUGGGUCAUGGACACUGAAGCCUAAGCAAAAGUCGUUGUGGUCCUUGUGGAGAAGGGAGCGGCUCUGUCCACCCGGAAUCAGAGGAGACUGACUUGGCCCGUGGAGAUCCAGUGCAGGAGCUAAAAAUGAAUCAGAAGUCACUUUUUGUGUAUAUAUAUAUUUUUUAAUUAAAACCUCACUUUUUCAGACA